AAAAAAUUAAGUUUUUUAAGAGAUAAAAGGACUUUUUUAUAUAAAUGAUAUUAUAAUAUAUAAAUUUAGUUAUUUAUCUAUUUAUUAUAUUUUUUUUCAGAAAAAAAAGAGUUAAAUUUGAUGAAAUUUAAGUUAUGUAUACGUCAGAGAAUAUCCAAAGGAAUAGAUUUUUAUAUAGCCCCAGACAGUUUAGUAUAAACUCUAAAUCAAGUGAAUCUAAAGGAACAUGUUCUUUGGCAACAAUAAAUCAGGAUUUAUAUCCUUGGGGAGGCGAAAAAAGUCAAAAUUAUCGUAAAGCUGUAUCACCGAUUUUUGAUCAAGUGAGAUCAAAUUGUAUAGGAUCGGAUAAAGUGUAUAUGACAGAGAAAGUUUCACAAAAUACUUUUAGGGAGUCGUAUGUAAAUAGACUUCGUCGAGCAAGUGCAACGGUUUGGUGUGAACAUGGUACUCAAUUGCCCGUUGAUGUAAAAAUGGCAAAAUCGAAAAGUUUUGGAACAAAGAAAGGGUUUGCAAUUAAGUCAUUUGUUUUUCCUCAUACAUCAAUAGCACCGUUUUUUAAGCCGAUGGCGCAACAUGCACGUUCAACAAAUGAUGCGGCGCCGCAACAUACCAUGCUUAUUCCAAGAUUAUCAGCAACAGAAACAUUUUUGGAUGAAGAGCAAGAUAAUGAUGAUGUUUAUUCUACUCAUGUUCCUAUUGAUAAAUAUUAUCCUUCUGAAAAGCCAUUUCGAUUUAUACAUGAAUCUUUAGAGCCUUUGGAACCUCUAAAGGAGGAUUUGGAAGAGCACUUGGAGCAGUAUAUGGGAGAGCAAAUGGAAGAGCACUUGGAGGAACACAUGGAAGGGUGUAUGGAGGAGCACAUAGAAGGGUGCAUGGAGGAGCACAUGGAGGAGCACAUGGAGGAGCACAUUGGAGAGAGCAUAGGAGAGCACAUGGGAGAGCACAUGGGAGAGCACAUGGGAGAGCACAUGGAAGAGCACAUGGAAGAGCAGAUAGAGGAACAAAUGGAACAGUAUAUAGAUCCCUUGGAGCCUUUGGGAACUGAUAUUCAGUACGAAACAUCCAUUAAAAACCCUCAUUUUCGACCUUCUUCUAUUAGAAGUACUACUGAAAGUUCUCGUUAUAGUCAUGCUGCCUUUCCUUCUUCUCCUGGUGUUUCCAAAAAUUCUAUCUUUUCUAAACAUGUCAACGAAUUUACUGAUAAUACCAUGCAUACUUCUUUACCUUCUCAUAAUUCUUUAUACACCCAUGUUGCUGAAUCUUAUUCCUCUCUCAAAAGCCUUUAUCCCGUACCUACUCGAAAACUAUAUAUUGUCAAUUUGACAAAGCAGGAUAUUUUUUCUGAUGAUGAAGUAUAG